UGUGUGUGGGGAAGAGCGCGAAAUCACCUCCCCAUCUUUUCCCCAGGGUGGGGAAAGGAGGGUUCUCUUAUGCGGCCGCCAAGGGGGCGGGCGAAGGGAAAGGGAGCACGGCUUUCGAUUUCGGACGCCCAGAUUUCGGGCCCGACUGGCGCGCUGGCCCAGAGCAGGCCGUUUUGCGCGCCCGGUCCGCGUGGCGUGCGGCGAGGAUCACUCGACGGCGCCGGCGGCUCUACUCGGGGAGGCGGCCGAGCAUGGACAGCCUGGUGGACGAGGCAUGCGGCUACGGCCGCUACCAGCGGGUGCUGCUCUGGCUGGUGCUGUACCCAGCCCAGGUAUCGUGCGGGCCGCAACUGUACGGCCAGCUGCUCAUGUUCCUCGAGCCCGACCACUGGUGCCGGGGCUCGCCGCCGCCCGAGCACUGGGCCAACGGCACCGAGCGCCUUCAGCUGUGCGCGUCGCUGCCCAGCGCGUCGACUGCCUGCCCCGACGGCUACGAGUACGACCGCCGCUUCCUGGGAGACGACGAAACCGCCGUCACGCAGUGGGACCUCGUGUGCAACAGGAGGAUUUUGGCGACCCUCAGCAUGUUCCUCUUCGGGACCGGUCUCCUCGCGGGCCACUUCCUCUCGGUCCUCGUUUCGCACAGGUGGGGCCAACGCGCCUGCUUCACAACGUUCCUGUUCGUCCAGUGCCUGUUCGGCAUGCUCGCCGCCCUGUCAUCGAAGUUUCUCGUGUUCCUGCUAUUUCGAACCCUGGUGGCUGUUGGAACGGCAGGGACGUGGACUUCGCUCUCCAUACUAGUGGGCGACCUGGCGGGCCGGAGGCAUCGCGCCGGCGCCCUGGUCUGCUCGCGGCUCGCGCACGGCCUGGGCCUGUUGCUGCUGGGCCUGGUGUCGCUGGCCGUCCGCGGCUGGGGACACCUGGCGGCCGCCACGUCGGUGCCCUUCGUCGCCUUCCUCGUCUACUGGAGGAUUAUACCGAACUCCCCAAAAUGGCUUCUUGCACGCGGGAAGCUCGAUCGAGUGGAACAACUGUUGGUCGCCAUCGCCCACACGAACGGAAAACAGGUUGAUUUCCUGUACUGCGAGAAGCUCCGCGCGUCCCUGACGCGCCUGAGCGGCCGCGAGGGCAGCGGCAUCGCUGCGAUCCUCCACUUCCCAGCGCAGCUGCCCAGGGUCCAGUCCGCGAGGCGGCGGCGUGUUGUCGUGGUGCUCAUCGUCGGACUGCUGACGGGCGCCGUGUCGCUGGCACAAGUGUACCUGGCUGCGAGCCUGGCCGGCAACUCGUACCUGCACCUGCUGCUCAUGUCGUGCGCCGAGCUGUCGGCCUGUGUGGCGCCGCUCGCGUUGCUCGAGCGCGCCGGCUGCGGCCUGGUCGUCUUCUGCGGCUGCUUGGCCGGUGGAGCCGCCUGCCUCGCCCACUUGGCCCUGGCCGGGCGUCCCUGCCUGAGCCUGUGCCUGCUGGCGGUGGCCAAGGCGUCGGUGGGCAGCUCGCUGGCGGUGCUGCCGGCCUGGUUGCUCGAGGGCGCGCCCUGCCCCGGGCACCAGCAUCUCGCUCACCUGGCACAAGCUGCCGAGCUGGCGGCCUUCCCCGUGGUGCCGCUCCUUUUCCCCGCGGACAGCCCCGAGACGACACUCGUCGUGUUGAGCGCACUGCUGGCGUUCAGCUGCGCCCUCUCGGUGCUCGCUUGCGACACGAGGCGCGUCCGGGGACUCUGGUGCCUGUGGCGGCCUGACGCGCCCUGGGCAGCCUGGUCUUGGGAGAAGAGCAGGAACGUCCGCACUGCCAUCUUUAUCGUCCACUUCAAGACAAGACGACACAAAGAAGAACCAAAAGAGAAACUUUUGUCUGUGCCGUCUUCAUAUCUUGUGUUCAUUCAUUUGUGUCCCCUGAAUUUACCACGUGCUUACGAAUCAAAUUUCGCGCUGUACGGCGAAGUACGCCUCGUGCCAAUGAUGCAGCAAGAAACUGAACAAUUAUGGGCUCCUAUUUAUUUACGGUGUGCCUUUACGUAACCAAAUGUCGUGUUUGGGAGCUGAAUGGCAACAUUUCAGAAACAUCUUUUUUUUUUUUUUUUCAUAGGAAAAAUGAAUAAAUUGAAGAAUAAAUAAAUGAAAAACAUGUCA